AUGGCCGAUGACGCUCUACUGAGUGAUCUCUGCAGUAUAUGCAACACUGUCCAGUUCAAGUACCGCUGCCCUGGUUGCUCGGCGCGUACUUGCUCGCUACCAUGCUACAAGCGUCAUCAGCAGUGGGCACAGUGCGAUGGGAAACGUGACCCCACCAAGUUCGUCAAGAAGUCGCAACUUGCGACGCCUGCAGGUAUAGAUCACGACUAUAAUUUCUUAACGGGCAUCGAGCGCGGGUUAGAAAAGGCAGAAAAGCAGCUAGAGGAUCCGGGUCUCGGCAGCAAUCCGGAUCCCCGCCGUGAUGCUAAGGGACGGCAGCCAACCGAUCAGCACUUCGCCGGCGCUGGCGUUACCGUUAUUCGGGCCCCUAAAGGGCUGAGUAGGCAAAAGGAUAACAAAACCCACAAAAACAAGCAGAAGAACAUUGUCUGGACAGUCGAGUGGAUCUACGAAGAAACGAGCCGCAUCUUGACGCAGAGUUCAUCUGCGGGCACUAUAUUGCAAGCUCAACCAUUCAAACCAGAGAACAAGAAACGGAAGCGGGGUGUUGAACAAUCCGCUUCGGCAUCGACAACUCAGCCAAUCAAGCAAGAUGAUCUGUCGCCUAUCAAGCUCGAAGAAGCGGCAUCUACGGUUGAACAAGGGAACGCACAGCCAGAGCCUUCUGCUACUGGCGGACCUAAACCAGAGCGACUCGACCCUGGUGCAAUCACAGGAGAUGGAACCGCCAGAGACGCCACCACAACGAAAGAGGACGAGGUCACUGUUGCAAGCGAUAAUCACAGGAGCCUUCGUUUCGAUGGCCCAGAGUCCGAACCCUUACCUCCUAAGUACGCUUUCUACCUAUUAAGGCCAAGGACGAGCUCCAAUCGCCACGUGCUCAUUCGCCUCGAACCUACGGCUACACUUGGCGAGUGUCUCCGUGGACGCACAGUCCUCGAGUUUCCUACCAUAUACGUCUUCCCGGAAUCAACGUAUCCACCACAAGACAAGUUCAUGCUUGAGGCAGAGUACCUCCAACAGGAGGGCGAAGAGCAGAAAGAGCUCGAAGACCUCCUCAAGCACGUCAGCCCCGAGACCCUACGCGCACUCAAAGAAGAGCAUAGCGGCGAUAAUAACGCCGGCGAGCAGAUCGAUAGCGACAGAAUAUUGGAUGUGUUAAAGCAAGAUAUGGGAGCCGGGGCCUGA